ACUACCCUCACUCCACACCCUCUCAACAAACAACCUAGCUAACCUCUCCUCUCCUCUCCUCUCCUCUCCUCUCUCUCUCAAAAAUAUUCUCCCAAUUUCUUUCACUCGCUCUCUCGCUCUAAAGAUGGCUCUGGAAGCACUGAGUUCUCCAACCAGAAGAACCACGCCUUUCGACGACAUGGACCCCAACUGCCUCGAGCCGUGGACCAAGAGGAAGCGCUCGAAACGUCCCCGUUCCGAAUCCCCAGCUCCCACCGAAGAGGAGUACCUGGCCCUUUGCCUCAUCAUGCUCGCUCGCGGCGGCGCCUCCGCCACCGCCACCGCCACAGCCGACAAAACUUCUUACAAGUGCAGCGUUUGUGACAAGGCCUUCCCGUCAUACCAAGCCCUCGGCGGACACAAAGCCAGCCACCGUAAACUCGCCGCCGGGUCCACCUCCGACGACCACCCGUCAACCUCCACCACCACCACCACAACCACCGCCACCGCCACCACAACGCUACCGCCCAGCGGUCGGUCCCACGAGUGCUCUAUAUGUCACAAGUGUUUCCCCACCGGGCAAGCCCUGGGCGGCCACAAGCGCCGCCACUACGAAGGCAGUAUCGGGACGGGCAACAGUAACGGGAUAGGCAACGGUAACGGGAGCAGCGGGGUGACGACGUCCGAAGGCGGCGGGUCGAGCCACAGCAACCGGGGGUUCGACCUGAACAUGCCGGCCCCGCAGGAAUUCGGCCUGGGCCUGGUCGUUGACUGCGGGCGGAAAAGUCAACUCGCGUGUGAACAAGAAGUGGAGAGCCCUCUGCCCUUCAAGAAACCGCGUCUCUCAUUGCCGCCGUCGUCCGAUUUGGGUUUUCAACAAGAUUGAUUAAUUUAGGCUCGAAUCAGUAGUUAAAUUUCCUUUGGAAUAUUAUUCUUAAGAAUUUUUUUGUUGGUUUUGUUACUUUUUUUUCUUGCUAGUUUAUUGAUUAUAUUUACAGAGCACUAUUCUCAGCUGUCAGCUCUGUCUCCUCUGUUAUUGAAUGUAUAUCAUUAAAUUUGUUCAUUUUAUUUGAAUGUGAAAUACAGAAUUAUUCCAUA